AUGAGUGGCCGUUUGAACUCCAAUAACUUCCAAAAAGAUACAAAUCCAGAAAGAGAGGAGAGGUGCCGAGCUUCCCAACUUCGAAACCCAUUUCCCUCUUCCCUCUCUCUCUCUGUCUUCUUCUUCUUCUUCUUCCUCCGCUUCUCUUCACCGAAAGAAAGACAUUCGAUUGACAUAAUGACGGGGCUUGUGAUGGUGACUAAGGGCGGCGGUUGCGGUGGCGGCGUGGGAGGUAGCGGUUGUAAGGGUUCGGCGAGGGGCAGUAAUAAGGCCAGCAGCGAGGAAGAGCAGAACCAGCAGCUAUCGACGGUAGCGGUUCUUUUAUCCGCUUUGAGAAAAUCCCUGGCUUCCUCGUGCCGGAUUGAAGAUGGGGAAGAUCUGAUGUCGUCGUCGUCUUCCUCCGCCGCCGUUCGUCACAUGGAUAUCGGCUGGCCGACGAACGUCCAGCACAUUACCCACGUUACCUUCGAUCGAUUCAACGGAUUUUUGGGUCUUCCCAUGGAGUUCGAAGUGGAGAUUCCUUCCAAAGUCCCGAGCGCCAGUGUUAGUGUUUUUGGUGUCUCGGCAGAGUCAAUGCAAUGCUGUUAUGACUCCAAGGGAAAUAGCGUACCAACAAUUCUUCUACUAAUGCAGCAGAGAUUGUACAAACAGGAUGGUCUAAAGGCUGAAGGAAUUUUCCGCAUAAACCCAGAGAACGGUAAGGAGGAACAUGUAAGAGACCAGCUGAACAGGGGAAUUGUCCCCGAUGACAUUGAUGUCCAUUGUUUAGCUGGGCUCAUAAAAGCCUGGUUCAGGGAACUCCCUUCUGGGGUGCUUGAUGGGCUAUCCCCCGAGCAGGUUCUUCAAUGCAACACGGAAGAAGACUCCGUUGAACUGGUUACGCAAUUGAAGCCAACUGAAGCUGCACUCCUCGAUUGGGCGGUCGAUCUCAUGACUGAUGUUGUUCAAGAAGAAGAACACAACAAGAUGAAUGCCAGAAAUAUUGCCAUGGUCUUUGCACCAAACAUGACUCAGAUGUCUGAUCCAUUGACAGCACUAAUGCAUGCUGUACAAGUUAUGAACUUACUCAAAACCCUAAUCACUAAGAAUCUGAGAGAGCGUGAAGAGGCAGGCAGUGGAGGAUGUUCACCCAUGUCUUCUCAGUCAUAUGGUCAGCAUACUAAUGAAGGUUGUGACAGCCAGCAAGACACUGACAUCAGCAGUGAACCAAGGCAGGGAUCAGAUUAUGAAGAUGAUGUUGAUGACGACGAUGAUGAUGAUGGACACUACAGCCAUGACAGUGAAAACAGUGAUGACCGCGAGGUUGAGUCCUUGAGUAAGAUAGAAGAACUCUUUUUGAAUGCACUGGACGAGGACAUGGUUGCUACCGACAUGUUGCAAGAGCAGCCAUCUGAUGAUGAAUUCUCAAGGAAAAGCUUCAGCAAGAGAAGCUGUUCAAGUCUUAACAUGGAAUCUGGAUUAACAUUUACUGAUGCCAAAAAUGAUGAUGAUUCUGCUUCAGGUUCAAGUGAUGGUGAAAACUCGAAGGCAAGUUUGAAUGCUAUUGUAGACGAGAGAAGCCUGUCGAGAGGACGCGAAUAUUGUGAUGAUGUCAAGAUGGAGGAGAAAGUGGGUCAGUUGAUUAUGCCCGUGAUAUAGUAUGUUCAAAUGCUGAGGGCAGAUUACCGGUUAGUGUAAACCUGCGUGACUGCAUCUGUAUAUUAGGACUGCAUUAACUUUCGCUUGAACUGCGUAGGAGCUUUUCCCUAUUUGUUAAGGUUGUGCUUAGGAAGUCAAUUGUUCAGCUUUGGGCUGAACUUGUACUUAGUUUGCAUGUUUGUUCAGCUCAGAGCUGUCUCAUUGCUCAGCAAUGAGUUGCCAUGAUCUCUGACCUGAAAGAUUUUUAAGACUGGAAGGACUUCAAUGUUUCCAAGUCUAAGUCCAUGUCCUUGUCAAAAGCAGAUACUGGAAUGUCUGUGCUGCCGAAUUAAUAUGUUCUUUUUUAUCUGGAGGUACUGCAACAAUGUUAAGCCAGCAAGCCACUAAAGAUUAUUAACUCCA